GAGAGCUGAUUUCAACAUGUCAAGCACCCAGAUAGACAAUGGCUCUGCAAACUCAGCAGAAGCUAAGAAAACAGACCUGAGAAUGAAUGAGAAGAAAUGCUCAUGGGCCUCCUAUAUGACUAAUUCUCCAACAAUGAUCGUAAUGAUCGGCCUGCCUGCAAGAGGGAAGACCUACAUGUCAAAGAAACUCACACGUUACCUCAACUGGAUCGGAGUCCCAACCAAAGUGUUUAACUUAGGCGUGUACCGCAGAGAGGCUGUGAGAGCCUACAAGUCCUAUGAUUUCUUCCGCCACGACAAUGAAGAGGCCAUGAAAAUAAGGAAGCAGUGUGCUCUGGUGGCUCUGCAGGACGUGAAGGCGUACCUGACAACGGAGGGAGGUCAGAUCGCAGUGUUUGAUGCAACAAACACAACAAGAGAACGGCGAGACCUCAUUCUAGCUUUUGUGAAGGAGAACGCAUUCAAGGUGUUCUUUGUGGAGUCCGUGUGUGACGACCCAGAGGUCAUUGCUGCUAAUAUUCUGGAAGUGAAAGUGUCCAGUCCCGACUACCCUGAGAGACACAGAGAGAGAGUCAUGGACGACUUCCUCAAACGAAUCGAGUGCUACAAGGUUACGUACCAGCCGUUAGAUCCUGAUGAUUACGACAAGGACCUCUCUUUCAUCAAGGUGAUGAACGUGGGCCGCCGUUUCCUGGUGAACCGGGUGCAGGACUACAUCCAGAGUAAGAUCGUCUACUACCUCAUGAACAUCCACGUGCACUCUCACUCCAUCUACCUGUGUCGGCACGGCGAGAGCAACCACAACGUUGAAGGCCGCAUCGGGGGAGACUCUGAGCUUUCUCCUCGAGGGAGGCAGUUCGCCCACGCCCUGCGAGAUUUCAUCGAGGAGCACAAACUGUCAGAUUUGAAGGUGUGGACGAGCCAACUGAGAAGAACCAUCCAGACAGCGGAGGAGCUGGGGGUUCCUUACGAACAGUGGAAGAUACUCAACGAGAUUGAUGCUGGUGUGUGUGAGGAGAUGACUUACGAGAUGAUCCAGAAGACAUUCCCAGAGGAGUUCGCUUUGAGGGACCAGGACAAGUACCACUAUCGCUAUCCAGGAGGAGAGUCCUACCAAGACCUUGUUCAGCGUUUGGAGCCGGUAAUCAUGGAGUUAGAGAGACAAGGCAACGUGCUGGUCAUCUGCCACCAGGCCGUGAUGCGCUGUCUGCUAGCUUACUUCCUGGACAAGGGUGCAGAAGAUCUGCCGUACAUGAAAUGUCCGCUCCACACCAUCCUCAAGCUAACCCCCGUUGCGUAUGGUUGCAAAGUGGAAAUGUUUUAUCUUAAUGUGGAGGCAGUAAACACACACCGAGACCGGCCUCUUGGUAAAAUCCCGAGGGACUCUGCUCUCAUACAUCGGCGGAAUAGUUACACUCCCUUGUCCAGUCACGACCAGGUCAAGCGUCCCAGGCUCUACAGCGCGGGCAACCAGCCCUGGCUACCGCUCGCCCCCACCCCAUCAGCUCUGAUGCCAGAGGGACGGCAAAGCCAAGAGUCCCUGUGCGAAGGAAUCGACUUUGACAGCCCCGAAGAAACUAGUGGCUGUGUCCGCUUCUGAGUGAAGACGAAAGCGCCCUUCGUCCCGCAAACCACAUUCUUGGAAAUGACGGCCUGAUUAAAUGUAGGAUGAAGUCAAAUCGCAGCUGUGGCAUUUUGAUUUCUUGGUCCUAACAAUCUCAACCUCUGUGUAACUUAGCUCUGCAUGCCGAGGCUUUGAACUGGAAGCCUUAUUAUUAGUAUCAGAAACACUUCUGCAUGUGCACCAAAAUCAAUCCUCCAGCACAAAAGAACAUACUGUAUUUCACAACUGGCAACUAAUCCUCAUUGUAAAUAAAACAAUGCCUUAGUAGAAUUAGCUCCUCUGUAUGCUUCUCUGACAGUAACGAGAACAAGUUAUGCAUUGUUAUGAUGAAAACUAAUUUUCACUAUUGCAAAUAGAACACAGUUAUAAAGUAGAUGCUGUAAAAAUAUUUUUAUAAUACAAAUCCACUCAUCUACCAUAGAGCCAAUCUGCAGUUGUGAUUCUUAUUAAAUAAGCCAUCAUCUGUUAUGUCUUGUGUUAGUGAUUUGGCAUAGAUUUGAGAGAACGUAUGUAUUGUAUGUUCUGAAGGAAAUGAAAAUACUCUGUUGAGUUUCUUCCUUUUGUUUUGGGAGUAUUACAGGUUUUAUGCCUUGCUGGAAAACACCUCAUUGCUGGACGUACUGUAUACCAGCAGUAGAUAAAGAAACAGAUGAAUAUUUUUCUGUCACAAGCAGCCUACUGUGUUAAACUGGUGUUAUCUGUCACAACGAACACUUACUCCUGAAUGUCCAUCUGUUGUUCUUCUUGCCUGUGUAUUCUAGGAAAUGACAUUCUGCAACAAAAACACAACAUGUCGGUAGUGUGUUAGCUAUUUCUUAACUCUUGUGUUCAUGCUAUCAUACGGGCAGUGCAUUUGUUUUAAUUACUUCUCCCUUACAUCAGCUAUUUUUGACACAAAAUCAUUUGAUUUGAUUUAGUCAAUAGCAGACAGUGGUACAAGUUUUGUUCUAUGACUAUGUAAUGUUUGACUGUUCACAAGUCAAAGCAGCCUACUUGUGCCUUUUUAGCAGACAACAAAAGUGAAUUUUCAUGUGACAUUUUUCCCCCCCCAUUGAAAUGAAAUGAAUGAAAUGAAAUGUAGGAGACAAUCUCUGCAGGACAUACAGAUGGAGUGAUUAUUUUAUUAUGUGUGACCUUCA